AUGUGGAGGAGGUUCUUCUCCGACAAGGAUGUCUAUGGCAGACUAUUCGCUCUCUGCUGUUUGAACGACGACUCGCCGGGAAGUCUUCCAAAGCGUGAAAAGACGGUGGCGCAAGGCCGACUGAUGGGAUUUCUGGUGAAGGCAGGCCGUCUACGCUGGGAUUUGAUAUCUCGCUCUCAGGUUCCUGAGGUGGAGGCGAGAUACAAGUGUAGCAGUUUGCUACAGUUCGCGGCGCGUGAGAUGGUUGAUAAAGCCGAUGUGCUUAUGCACAUGACGCUGUUGAACUUCUUCCACGACCUUUUGGAGAUUGACGCUCCAGGCUUGACUUCGCGCAGUUGUGUCCAGUCAGCAUCCACCUUUUCGUCGCCCGCUCUGGACUUCCUUAUCUCGCAUAACGUGCACUCGUCCCUUCUGGAGUCAUAUCUAGAUGAUUCUCGGCUAGAUCCGGUGGAUUUAAGCUACCUAUCUGGCCCGAUAAUGGCUUAUGUCGCUCAGUACGCGGAGUUGUAUCCCAACCAUUUCCUGCAAAAUGCGCAGAAUCUGCUCGAGCGGAUCCUCUCCCGGAUUGCUUCGUCCCUGGCCAUCUCGUCCGCUCAAUGGGCACAUGGACCUGUUCCCACCGGGCAGCUGAAUGUGCUCUCCUGUCUUCCCCGAGUCUUGCUAGUUGAAGCUACGAAACACGGUCUGAACCCCGUGCUUGCCAUUCCUACUUCCCCUCCCAGCAAGGAGGCUUUUGACGCGCUCGGGAAGAUCCUCCAUGGCCCGCCAAAACCGGAAGAUGGCAAUGCGAUGGGGCUAAACACUUCUGGCCAGGCGCCCACGGACUGGCAUAAAGAAGCUGCGGCCGCGCGAGUCAUACGUGACCUCGUCGGUCCCAGGGACAUCCCGAUACCAGCUCCCCACAGAAGAAAGUCUGGGAAGGCUGUCGCCAUCUGCGCAAGGAGUACUUCCCUCCACGGGGGUGUGGGCCGUGCUCACUCCUCCAGCGUUGACCGUGUUGUUGCCCUACUUGUUCAAGGCGCCACGUUCAUCGGCCGAGUUUGCGGGCGGUGGAGCGGGUGA